GCGGGCUGGUGUUAUCGGGAUUCUUGCCGCCCCACACCGCCUGGUUUGCAGCAGCGGGUGGCAGGCAGGGGGCCCGUUGGUGGUGACGCCUGUCUUGGCUUGGUUUGGUGGAUACGACGGGAGCGAGACUGAGCUGCAUCAUCCAUCCCAGCCAGCUGCAUACCUUACUUGUCGCAGACAGCUUCCUCCAUCCGCGACGUUUGUGUUGAAUACCUUCCUGACCAUACAAGAUCGAACACCCCUCGCGAUUCAAGACAACGACAGAGGGGCCAAGUCCACCUCACUUAUCUCCCGGUUGAAGCCAAUUUGUUCACCUACACCAACAACACGAUGCGUAUCAGCCAAGCAACCACCCUGCUGGCCUGCACAGCAGCAACCAGCGUCAACGCCUUUACCGAUUCCGCGCCCUUUAUCCUCUUCUCCUCCGCCGACCUCCCCACCCCGAACUCCAACCCCCAACUCCAAACAUCCUCCUCAGUCCUCUCCACAAUCAAGUCCCUCCUCUCCGGCUGCCCAACAGACAAGUACAUCCUCAUCUCCCAACCCAACCUCCACGCGGCAGACAUUCGCACCUCGGAACACUGCCUCCACACCCCCAACCUCUGCAAGGCCACCCGCGCCCAAAACACAAAGUCCGCCUUUAGCGUAGCAGAGGUUAUCGGGCAGAUUUCCGCUACCGAGCUAAAGGAGCUGGUCGCCCAGUCCUGCAAAGAUGUCAAGGGGGGAGCGAUGCAGCUUUUGGAGGUGAGGAUGAGGGGUCUUCCUCCUGUUGUUGUUGGGGGGGAUGAGAAGGAGAGGGUGGAGAUUCUGGAGGACAAUGAUUACAGACUUGGGGAGAGGAUGUCUGCCCUUGAUGAAGAGGGGGAGGGGUACACUGUUAUGGUUUUCUCGGAUCCGGCUGAGUUGCCGCCUUAUAGGUCUGAGUUUGACGGGGUGGCUACGGGGCAUAUGGAUUUGAAGAGGGGGUUGGAUGGUGAGUUUGAGGGGGUGGUGGUGAAUGGGAGGGGGAAUGAGACGGAGAGGGAUACGAGGGGUUUGUUUGAGAAGUAUCAGUUUUUUACUCCUGGCAUCUUUAUGGCGCUGAUCACGCUGGUGAUUGUGCUGGCUAUUCUGACGGUUGGGCUGAAGGCGCUUGCUAGUUUGGAGGUGUCGUAUGGGGCGUUUGAUAAGGAGAUGGGGCCGGCUGCGCAGAAGAAGCAGCAGUAAACAUACUGGGCGUAAGUGCGGGUGGGUGUGUAUGGGUAUGACUGUGAAUGAAGAAGGGAGGAUGGAUGGCUGGAUGGAUGGGCUGUAUUGGAAGAACUGUGUAACUCUUGUAGCAUAGAUAUGUUUCGUCGUUUUCCUUUUUUGGUCUUGUUUAUUACUUUAGGGCCUACAUUUUGUUGGCCUGGACGGAGUUAUGAUAGUUGGGAAUGGCUUGGGCGAGGGCAUAAUUGUGGCAUUUUCAUACUCGGUUCUUGUCUGAAUAUGGUUGGUGUCAGUGACAACGGAGAAUGAGAG